UUGUCUUACUGACAAAAAGAAGAAGACAUCUCAUCAAUACCCAAUACGGUCGUCGUCUUCGAGUUUUAGCGGAGGGAGACACUCACCCACGACGACGAGCCUGAAAUCCUGAUUCGUAAGCUUCCUAGGGUUUUCGUCCUCUGCUCUUCACAAUCUCCUCUCUGAUUUUCAGGAUAAUUUUUAUCACGUGUAUUUUGAGUACAUAUGAUCUGCGCCGGUUGUUAGUUCAUCAAUAAAGGAGGAAGUUACUAGUUAUUUGUUGCUUGAGGUUCCAAUGGACUCACCUGAGCACGGUCGGAGUUAUGCGAAAUGGGAGAUGGAGGAUGGCUCAGAUGUGAAGAGUGACAGGGCUGGAAAUGAUGAUGACUGGGAAGCCAAUGAUAAGAGGAAGCACAGGUCAAGUAGGUCAAGAAAGUCUGGUAAUGGAGAAGAAGUUGAAGGAUUAGAUGGAAAUGGAAGAAGAAAAAGCAAUGGGGACAGAAAUGAUGCAAGAAAAAAAUCUGGUGGCUCAAGCAGAGUAGAUAGCGAGGAAGAUGAUUAUGACUCUAGAAAAGAGUUGCGCAAGCAGGUGAAGAAAAAACAAGAAGAAAGUAGCCUGGAAAAAUUGAGCAGUUGGUAUCGUGAUGGAGAAGCAGAGAUCAAGCAAGAUGGUGGAGACAAGUCAGAUGGUAGAGGGAAAAUCCGAGUUGAAGAAACUGAGAGAAGAAAAAUGACCACAAAGAAUCCAGAGCAUGAAAGUUCUCAAAGUAGAAGUAAAGUGAAAGAAGAUAAGUCACAUGAUGGAGAGCUUGAGAAGAUGCUGGAUAAAGAUUCCAAGUAUUCAGACAGGAGAGAAAGUGGACGAGAGAAGAGUCAUGGAUCUAGUGAGCAUACAAGGAGCUCCAGGAGAAGAUGGGAUGAAACAGAAGUUGUCAAAAAAGCAGAAGACAAUAUUUCUGAAAGGGCUGAUUUAAGAAGUGGUAAGGCUUCCGAUCCCAAGUAUGAGAGUUCUCGAGAAAAAAGUGCAUCUUCCAGAAAUGAAACCAGUGAAAGUAGAAGCAAGGGUUUGGAUUCAAAUAGUGACAGGGGUGCUAAAGCUAAUAACCGAGAAGAACGAAAAGCUGAUGCUGAAAGGAGUAAGAGUAGAGGCAGGUCAGAACCAGUAGAAGAAGACAGUAGGGGUAGUCCUAUUGCUCGAGAAGACAGAUCAGGCAGGGAGAAAACUGAGAAGCAUAAGCAGCAGAGGUCAUCUGGUAGGGAUGUUUCUGAAAGCCGAGAGAGAUCUUUUAAUGCAGAUGAAGAUGGAAGUUCGUGGGUGAAAGAUAAAGGUGCAAGAGAAGUAGGAAGUGCUAACAGGUCUAGAACGCCAGAGAGAAGUGGCAGGCGUCAUCAUGAUUCAGAAUACUCUGAUGUGGAUUAUGAAAGAAAUUUCAAGCGGAAGGAACUUGAAAAGGACAGUUUUAAGGAUGAUCGAUCUAAAGGCAGGGAUGAUAGUUGGAGCGAAAGGAGUAGGGACCGAGAAGGUUCCAAAGAGAACUGGAAAAGAAGACAAAGCAGCAGUAAUGAUAAGGAGACUAAAAAUGGGGAUGUUGGGUAUGAGCAUGGCAGAGAGUGGGAGAUUCCUAGACAUGGUCGCGAAAGGGGUGACAGUGAAAGGCAUAAUGAAAGACCUCAUGGUCGAUCUGGUAACAGGAAAGAUGGAAGUAGAGGUGAAGCUGUCAAAACAUCCUCAAACUUUGGAAUUUCAAAUGAGAAUUAUGAUGUAAUUGAGAUUCAAACUAAGCCUCUAGAUUAUGGAAGAGCAGAAUCAGGGUCCAACUUUUCUAGGAGAACUGAAGUUGCUCAGCAGUCUGAUGGAAAAUCAACCCGUAAUGAUGAAGAAUGGGCAUAUGCACAAGAUGAUAGGGCGAGGACUGAUUAUGGUUCUGGGCUUCCAAGUGAAGAUUUGAAAGAAAGAUAUAUGGAUGAUGGUACCCCUGUGCGAGAUCAGAGUUCAAGGAGGGAUGACUCUGAUUUGCACGGAGGGAAAGGAAGAGGCCAGAAAGGUAUUAUGUCUGGUCGCACUGUUGGUGGCCAAAGUUCUAGUUGUGGUUCCCAGCCUCCAUAUGGAAGCCAGGAGCCAGGAUCUUUCAAUAGAGCUUCUCUGCAAGGCAUAAAAGGGGGAAGACUUGGGAGAGGAGGAAGAGGCAGGCCUACUGGGAGAGACAGCCAACAGGUCGGAAUCCAACUGCCAAUAAUGCCAUUUGGACCUCUUGGAAUGCCUCCACCAGGACCCAUGCAGCCACUUACCCCUAGCAUGUCACCUGCCCCAGGACCGCCAAUUUCCCCCGGUGUCUUCAUUCCACCAUUUACUCCUCCUGUUUGGCCUGGAGGGCGAGGUGUCGAUAUGAAUAUGUUAGCAGUUUCUCCUGGACCGUCAGGCCCAAGAUUUCCCCCUAAUAUUGGCUCUCCUGCCAAUCCUGCAAUUUACUUUAAUCAAUCUGGCCCUGGAAGAGGAGGUUCUCCUAGCAUGUCUGGUCCUAAUUUUAAUGCUGCAGGGCCAAUGGGUCGUGGAACUCCAGCUGAUAAAACUCCUGGUGGUUGGGUUCCUUCUAAAAGUAAUGGCCCCCUUGGUAAAGCUCCUUCCAGAGGAGAGCAAAAUGAUUACUCACAAAAUUUUGUUGAUACUGGUAUGCGACCCCAGAAUUUCAUCAGAGAGCUAGAACUUACUAACGUUGUGGAGGAUUACCCCAAGCUGAGGGAGCUCAUACAGAAAAAGGAUGAAAUUGUGGCUAAAUCUGCGUCUCCUCCCAUGUACUACAAAUGUGACCUGAAGGAGUUUGAGCUGUCCCCAGAGUUUUUCGGGACAAAGUUUGAUGUCAUCCUUGUUGACCCCCCAUGGGAAGAAUAUGUUCACCGUGCUCCUGGUGUGGCUGACCAUAUGGAGUACUGGACAUUUGAAGAAAUAAUGAAUCUCAAGAUUGAGGCAAUAGCAGACACGCCUUCUUUUAUUUUCCUAUGGGUGGGUGAUGGCAUGGGACUCGAGCAGGGCCGUCAAUGUUUAAAGAAGUGGGGAUUCCGAAGGUGUGAGGAUAUUUGUUGGGUAAAGACAAACAAAAGUAAUGCAACUCCAGGGUUGCGGCAUGACUCUCACACUCUGUUUCAGCACUCAAAGGAACACUGCUUGAUGGGCAUAAAAGGCACCGUCCGUCGCAGUACUGAUGGUCAUAUAAUUCACGCUAACAUUGAUACUGAUGUAAUUAUUGCUGAGGAGCCGCCUUAUGGUUCAACCCAAAAGCCUGAAGACAUGUAUAGGAUAAUUGAGCAUUUUGCUCUAGGCCGUAGGAGGCUUGAACUUUUUGGUGAGGAUCACAAUAUUCGGUCUGGUUGGCUGACAGCCGGUAAAGGACUAUCCUCGUCAAAUUUCAAUGCUGAGGCCUAUACCCGGAGCUUUGCUGACAAAGAUGGAAAAGUGUGGCAAGGAGGGGGCGGGCGAAAUCCACCUCCUGAGGCACCUCAUCUUGUUGUAACAACCCCCGACAUAGAGUCUCUUCGGCCCAAAUCACCGAUGAAAAACCAGCAGCAACUGCAGCAGCAACCAUCCGCGUCAAUUUCUCUGACAACAAAUAAUUCUUCAAAUAGAAGAGCGGCUGGAAACUCGCCGCAAAAUCCAACCGCUUUAGGCUUGAACCAAGAAGCAAGUUCCAAUCUGUCGAACCAGGCUUCUUGGACUUCACCAAUGGAAGGUUUCAAAGGUCGAGAGGGAAAUUUUCCUUCGGAUGAUAAGAUUUUUGAUAUGUAUGGCUUCGGCGGGAGGGUAAAUGGAGAGUAUCUAGAUUUUGAGUCCCACAGACAGAUGAAUUUGUUGUAACAAGGAACUCGGCACAAAAUUAUGUGCUGCAAUGUAACAUUUAUUUUUUUUUGCCCCUCUAUAUUAUUAAUGAAAAAAGAAAUGAAAUAAUUUUUUCC